ACUGACGUUCCCUGUCAGAAUCCAGGAAGUGGAUCGCUCGCUGUUGUUUGUGUUCGUUGGUCGCUCUUCGUGUCUGUUUUUCUGAUUCAAUUCUGCAUUUUUACGGGACGAAAUGGCGACGUUUAUUUCAGUCCCGUUUAAAAAAGCCUCUGAGGUGGAUCUGGUGAAACCGCUGUCGAAAUUUGUCACCGCUACGUAUCCUGCGGGAGAGGAGCAGGCAGACUAUCUCCGCGCCGUGGAGGAGCUCAACAAGCUUCGCAAGAACGCACUGGGAAGGCCGCUGGACAAACACGAGAGCUCCCUGGAGAUUCUUCUCAGAUACUAUGACCAGCUGUGUGCUGUUGAGCCCAAGUUCCCUUUCUCUGAAAACCAGCUCUGCUUAACCUUCACAUGGAAGGAUGCCUUUGAUAAAGGAUCACUGUUCAGCGGUUCAGCCAAGCUCGCUUUGGCCAGUUUGGGCUACGAGAAGACGUGUGUGCUGUUCAACGUCGCAGCUCUGGCCAGUCAGAUCGCUGCAGAGCAGAAUCUGGACAACGACGAGGGACUGAAGGCUGCAGCCAAAUACUAUCAGCUGGCCAGUGGAGCGUUUGGUCACAUCAAGGACACGGUGCUGUCUGCUCUGAACAGGGAGCCCACCGGGGACAUCUCCCCUGAGACUGUCGGCGCUCUGAGCCUCAUCAUGCUGGCCCAGGCCCAGGAGGUCUUCUUCCUCAAAGCCACGUCAGAUAAGAUGAAGGAUGCUGUCAUUGCGAAGCUGGCCAAUCAGGCGGCAGAUUUCUACGGCGACGCCUUCAAGCAGUGUCAGUACAAAGACAACCUCUCCAAGUAUUUUUAUUUUCAGGAAGUGCUGCCGGUGCUGGCGGCCAAGCACUGCAUCAUGCAGGCCAACGCCGAGCUGCACCAGAGCAUGCUGGCCAAGCAGAAGAAGCGCUUUGGAGAGGAGAUCGCUCGUCUGCAGCACGCAGUGGAGCUGGUCAAGACGGUGGCGUCUCGUUACGACGAGUACGUGAGCGUCAAGGAUCUGAGUGACAAGAUUAACCGAGCUCUCACUGCAGCCAAAAAAGACAAUGACUUUAUCUACCACGACCGUGUGCCUGAAGUCAAGGACCUGGAGCAUAUCGGCAAAGCAGCGCUGGUCAAAGCUACGGCCAUCACACCUCCACUCAGCCAGAAAUUCACAGACUUGUUUGAGAAGAUGGUUCCCAUGGCGGUGCAGCAGUCGAUGAGCAUUUACAACCAGAGGAAAGCCGAGACUGUGAACAGACUGGUGGGAACGAUGAGGGAAGCCACCAACCUCUGCAACGGAGUGUUGGCGUCCCUGAACCUGCCAGCUGCUCUGGAGGACCUUUCUGGAGACUCCAUCCCACAAUCCAUUGCUGAGAAGUCCAGAUCCAUCGUUCAACAGGGAGGACUGCAGAGCAUCGAGCAGCUAAUCAAAGACCUGCCUGAGCUGUUGACUCGAAACAGAGAGAUCCUGGACGAGUCUCUGAAGAUGCUGGAUGAUGAAGAGACGACAGACAACGAGCUGAGAACCAAGUUCAACCAGCGCUGGAGCAGAACCCCCUCUGGAGACCUGUACAAGCCCCUUCGUACAGAGGGUGCUAACUUCCGCAACAUCUUGGACAAGGCGGUGCAGGCCGACCAGGUGGUGAAAGACCGCUACAACACCCACUGUGACAUGAUCACCCUGCUGUGUAAACCCGAGAACGAGCUCAAUGCCGCCAUCCCGUCCGCCAACCCGACCAGGACCCUGCAAGGCAGCGAGGUGGUGAAUGUGCUGCGCUCCCAGCUCGCUCAGCUGGACGAGAUAAAGAAGGAGAGGGAGACCCUGGAGGGGGAAAUCAAGGCCGUGACCUUCGACAUGUGCACCACCUUCCUGACGGCGCUCGCCCAGGACGGAGCCAUCAACGAGGAGCAGCUGUCCCUCGCUCAGCUCGACCAGUUGUACAGCGCCUACAACCAGAGAGUACAGGCCAGCCUCCGCUCACAGGAAGAGCUGCUGGGACAAGUUCAGACGUCCCACCAGGAGUUCAGCAGUCUGAAGCAGUCCAACACGGAGGCCAACCAGAGGGAGGAGGUCCUGAAGAAGCUGGCUGCAGCCCACGACAGCUACGUUGAGAUCAGCAGCAACCUGCGCGAAGGCACCAAGUUCUACAACGACUUGACAGAAAUCCUGCUUAAGUUCCAGAACAAAUGCAGCGACAUCGUUUUUGCUCGUAAGACAGAGCGGGAUGAACUCCUCAAGGAGCUGCAGCAGAGCAUCGCUCGAGAGCCCAGCGCUCCGUCCUUCAACGUUCCUGCCUAUCAGAGCACCCCUGCUGCCCCCGCUGGCGGCCCAACCCCUGCUCCCAGAACUGUCUUUGCCCAGCAGCCUCAACAACCCCAGCCACCGAAGCCCCAACCUCCAGCCAGACCACCUCCACCGACCUUCACCCCUCAGGCUGCCGCCACCAACCCCACCACUACACCACCUACUGGCACUCCCAGCAACAACCCACCACCUGUGGCCCCACCCGGCCAAGCCCAGGGACCACCUUACCCGGUCUACCCAGGCCCAGGAUACCCCGGGCCCUACCAGAUGGGUUACAACCCCUACGCUUACAUGCCCUACAUGCAGUACCCGACACCCCCAGGACCGGGCGCAUACCCAGGAGCCCCUCCAACAGGACAGCCCUACCAAGGCUACCCCCAGCAGCCCUACUACCCUCAGCAAUAACUCUCCUCCCGGUCGCCUCAUUCGUCUUCUCACAUGUUAACACCAAAUAAAAUAUGUCCCCAGCAAUAACACUUCAUCUCCAUCAGCCCUUCCCUCCUCGUAUACUUUCUGUCUCACUAACAGCAGCUGUUCGAAGGCGGACCUCAGAGCUGCUUCACACUUCUCCCUGAAAACCUUUUUAUUACUUUAGUGUACUUUAUUCCAUACUCCAAAAAAAGUCUUUCUUUUUCCUCUCAUGUUUCCUGGAUUCUGACGGCACUUUCCCUAGAAGAUCUUUAUCAGUGCACUAACCCCCUCCUCUUUCCUUUGAGGUUGGUUUUUUUUACAUAUUCAUUUUUCUAACGGUUUUGUUGAUUUUUAUUUUUUUUUUGUCGUUUAAUUUAAACCCUAACCCGUUUCCUCUGAUAACUGACUGGAGCUGGACUGCUGUACAACACGUACGGAGGGACACAGAAUCCCAGAAUGGCUCUUAGGUUCCUGGUUUCUGGGAGCGUUUGUGUGUCGGGAGGACGGACGGACGGAUGGAUGGUCACUACUGGUCACACCACUGGUGGGAGGCCACAUCCUCACUCCCCCACCCACCCACUCAAAUCAACCCCUAGCGCUUCUAUAUCAACUAUAUUCCUAUUUUUGUAAUGAAUAAUGAUGCCUCGCCGAUGUAUAAACCGAUAAAAACGAAUGGCCUGCAGGUUUUCUAAUGUAGUUGAUGACUGUUGAGAGUUGUGCUCUCUGUUUCUUUUUGCUCUUUUCUCUCUGUCACCUGGGGAAUGUGGGUUUAUUUCUGUGUUACAAUCAGAGGCUGUAAAAGUGGGAGAAAUGGUUCUAUUAUAUAAAUAUAUGUAUAAAUAAGACUCUGUAUGUGGUUAACCGAGACACUCUGUGUGCUGCACUCUCAUGCUCUUUGUGUUUAUUUUUAUUCCUCAGCUCUAAUGUGAUUAAAAACAACUGCCAGCCAGAA